UCAUCGAGCAGGGUUUGGGCUUGUCUCCGAGGUUUUGCGUCCGCUUUCGUUGUUGCCACUGAAACACUCACCGAGCGAUUCUGUUUAUGGCUCUGGCUGAGUUUCAUUUCUAUUCACGAGUACUACGGUUCGAGCACCCUACCAAGAAUUGGCCUGGGGUAGCCGGCAGAUAAGAAGACUUGUCCAGAUUGAAUCUGGAAAAAGUGUUUCGUUGUCUUCGCAACUUCCACUUUUCUUCCAGGUGGUCGACUUGGUAAUUCGUGUCGCCAGGCGUAUGGAAUUUUUUUAAGGCGCAGUCUUGUUGUGCAAAAUGCCCCAAACACCGACGUUCUUGACGCGAGGCUUCUGGCUGCAAUCGCUUCAGCACGUUUGCCUUCUCAUUUCAGUGCUGUUGUUUACUUUCUACCUGAUUCAGGCACAUGAGAGAGCCGACUUACAGAGGUUGAGUGAGUCUUCCGAACCUGGUGAAGACCUUAGACUACGACUCGACGAGCUUACUGAGCACGAUCGUUGGCUGAAUGAAAGCCUGUCCGAGCUCAAUGAGAUUAUCCUUGAUUUCAAUUCCACCACGAGCAUCUCCCAACGAGAGCAGUGUCAAAUCGCGAAAGUCUCAAUGCUCUACGGCGAAAUUAAUGAGUUGUAUGAAAGAGCAAUGGUCACACACCAAACUCACUCUUCACGACAAGGAUACAUCCAACUUGUCCUCCGCAAUCAACUCGCGCAAGGCUAUUGGAAUAAGCCAUACUAUCUGCUCGCUCUCCUCCUCAGCGAAAUGAGCAAAGAACCCUGGCUGCGUCUGAAAUGGCUCAUGUGGUUUGAUGCGGACUCAGUCAUCCUCAACCCAUCUUUCCCCGUACAAGUCUUCCUUCCACCAGACGACCUAUCAAAUGUGCACUUUCUUGUGACGAAAGACGAGGGUGGCCUCAACAGUGGUAUUUUCUUUGUCCGCGUUCACGAACAAUCGAUCGAAAUCCUGAUGAAGUCAAUCAACUAUCCCGAAAUCAGUCCCGAUAUCGACCUUGGCUUCUCGUUCGACCAGAUGGCAUUGCAAUUAACCUUCAAUGAGAGUCAAUAUCAUCAGUACAUCGCAUAUAUGCCUCGCCCAUGGUUCAACGCCUACGCUUUCGAGCCAAACCCUGGAGAUCUACUUGUUCACUUCGCCGGCCUCUGGGAUAGAGAUACCCGACUGAGGUUGUGGUUAGAGCGAAUAGAAGGACCAGGAGCGGCCGAAUGGGACAUUGAUUUACAACAGACGGAUUAUGGUCAUCGAGUGGACAAAUUUUGGAAACAAUUCAGGGAGAUGAGAGAGUUUAAUGCAACAGUCAAUGAGCGGUAUGACCGAAGUCUAUCUCCGGCAAAUGCGAAGAUGGCGCUGGAGAAUUUCGCUGAUGUUACAUAUUAUGCAACAGAUGAUGCGGAGAGGAUGGAGCUGGCAAAGCUUGAGGUAGAGGACACUCUUGGAUUGCAUGCUCUAUGAAUGCUAAAACAGGUACAAAAUAAGGACAAAGCUUCUACUUCUUUU